CGCGCUGCGAAGCGUUCGCAGGAAGGGAUCGCGUCUCAGUAUCGUAUUGAGCUGCAGAACCGCUCAAUCAAUGAGAUAAAAACAAUAACAAUAUCAGCGUACUGACGGUGACACUGUGCAUAGGCCGAUAAGCGAGGUUGCGGUGCGGUACACACAUUGCGAUAUCGGUUACAGAAAAUGGACUCAGAUGACGUGAAGCAGGAGGAUCCUGUUGUCCUGCGGGAGGAAGGAAACAGCCUCUUUAAGAGUGGCGACCUGCAGGGGGCGCUUUGCCGUUACACCCAGGCGCUCAAACUCAGUGACAGCCCGUCGGAGAGGGGAGUCCUGUACCGCAAUCGGGCUGCCUGUCACCUCAAGUUGGAGGACUACACCAAAGCAGAAGCAGAUGCCUCCAAAGCUCUGGAUGCUGAUCCCAGUGAUGUGAAAGCUCGGUUCCGCCGUGCCCAGGCACUCCAGAAGCUCGGUAAGUUGGACCAGGCAUUUCUUGACACCCAGAGGUGUGCGCAACUGGAGCCAAAGAAUAAGGCCUUCCAGGAGUUGCUGCGGCAGCUCGGGACUCAGAUCCAGCAGAAGGUUGUCCAGCUGUCAUCCACUGAUGCUCGUGUCCAGCAGAUGUUUACACUGCUCCUUGAUCCCUCUUCACAGCCCUCUGACCGGCAGAAGGCUGCUCAAAACCUAGUGGUGCUGUCUCGCGAGGAAGCAGGAGCAGAGCAGAUUUUCUGCAAUGAUGGAGUGAAACUCUUGCAUAAGUUGCUGGAAUCUAAGCAAGAAGAGGUCAUGCUUUCAGCACUGAGGACACUGGUGGGCCUUUGCACUGGCCACCAGUCCAGGACAAUGGCCAUUGUGAAUGAGCUGGGGAUGGAACGACUGUGUGCGGUGAUGGGCUCCGAGGUUGAGGCCGUACCUUUGGCUGCCUGCCAUCUCCUGGAAGUCAUGUUUGAAGCUCUGACAGAGGGCAUGAAGAAGGAUGUCCGGUGCAAAGAUGCAGCCAUUCUGCCAGAGCCAUCUCGGGAGUUGCGCGCAAUGUUGCGCCAUCUGCUGGACAUGCUGCCUGCACCUACUGUGUCAGGACCCGGUCGUGACAGCGCUAUCAACCUACUUGUCAAGCAGGUUCCACGCAAGUCCCUGCGGGACCCUGACAACUCCCUCACCCUCUGGGUGAUUGACCAAGGGCUAAAGAAGAUCCUGGAAGUGGCAGGCACCAUCCCGGAGAUUUCAAGAGGACCCCCCCUCACUGACAACACCCACAUGAGCUGCUCGGUCCUGCUGAGCAAACUUUAUGAUGAUCUGAAAGGGGAUGGAGAGCGGGAGAAUUUUAACCAUCUGUGCGAGGAGUAUGUCAAGCAUCAAUUUGACAGUUCAGGCAUGGAGAACAAGCUGCGUGCCAUUCAGACAGUGUCAGUGCUGCUGCAGGGCCCCAGCGAUGUUGGCAACCGGACUCUGGAGAUGUCAGGCGUCAUGGAUACAAUCAUCUCUCAGUGUGCCUCCAAGGACCUGGCCCAUCAGCAGGUGGCGGUAGAGGCCCUCAUCCAUGCAGCUGGAAAAGCUAAGAGAGCCUCUUUUAUCACUGCGAAUGGCGUGGCGCUGCUCAAAGACCUGUACAAGAAGAGUGAGAAUGAUGGAAUCCGGGUGCGAGCAUUAGUGGGCUUGUGUAAGCUGGGCUCAGCUGGAGGGACUGAUUUCAGCAUGAAACAGUUUGCAGAAGGAUCCACUCUGAAGCUGGCCAAACAGUGCCAGAAGUGGUUGUGUAACGAUUCCCUGCCAGCGACCUCACGGCGCUGGGCUGUUGAGGGUCUGGCAUACCUCACUUUUGACGCAGAUGUGAAAGAAGAGCUGGUGGAAGAUAAACAGGCUCUGCAGGCUAUGUUCCAGCUGGCGAAGGCUGAAGACAAGACGGUGCUGUUUGCUGUGGGCUCCACACUGGUGAAUUGCACCAACAGCUAUGAUGUGGAAAAGCCAGAGCCACAAAUGGUGGAGCUGGCCAAGUAUGCCAAACAGCAUGUCCCAGAAGAACAUCCAAAGGAUGCUUUGCCCUUUGUUGAAAAACGGUUGGCCAAGCUGCUGGAGGCAGGUGUGGUGUCAGCACUCGUGUGCAUGGUGAAACAGGAGAGCCCAGCCCUCACAGAGGCAUGCCGAGAGUGCAUUAGCAGGGUAUUUUUGGCGUUAGUUGAGAGACAGGAGGACAGAGGCACGGUGGUGGCACAAGGUGGUGGAAAAGCUCUGAUCCCAUUGGCAUCUGAAGGCACCGAUGUGGGAAAGACCAAGGCAGCCCAGGCGCUUGCUAAAAUUGCCAUCACAUCCAACCCUGAGAUAGCCUUUCCUGGAGAAAGAGUCUAUGAGGUGGUGCGACCACUGGUCAGCCUGCUUCGGCUUGAGUGCACGUUGCUGCAGAAUUUUGAGGCUCUCAUGGCCCUUACCAACCUGGCAGGCAUCAGCGAGAGGCUCAGGCAGAAGAUUAUCAAGGAGAAGGCUGUGCCCAAGGUGGAGGGUUACAUGUUUGAGGAGCAUGAGCUGGUGCGCGCAGCAGCCACAGAGUGCAUGUGUAACCUGGUUCUGAGCACAGAGGUGCAGAAGCUGUUUGUUGCCCCUGGCAAUGACCGUUUGAAACUGCUGGUAUUAUACAGUGGAGAGGAUGAUGAGAGGCUGAGGAAGGCCGCAGCUGGAACGCUGGCUAUGUUGACCUCCGAACAGCCAGAGCUGUGUGCCCGUAUUCCUGGCACGACACGCCACUGGCUGGAGAUCCUGCAGGCUCUGCUGUUGAGUGAGUCUGUGGACCUGCAGCUGAGAGGGACAGUAAUCACCCUCAACCUUAUGCAGGCAGAGCGCACUCUGGCCCAGCAGCUAAUGGAGAGCGAGGCACUUGAGAUCCUCUCUGUUCUUGCUAAAGGGGGUGCUCCUGAGCAGGCCUCUGUGGCUAGAACAGCCAAACAGUGUUUGGAUGUGGCAGUGGAAUAUGGCCUCAUCAAGAACAACAACAGUGAGGGGGACAAGGGGCUUGCCACUGGGCCGUGAUCCCUGCCCUGCAACUACAAAACAACUAACAGGACCAGAACUCCUUACAGCCAUGCAAUACCAAUGAGCACCCUGUUUGUAACAUGACUUUCAAGAAGUACAGCGAUAGCUCUUUGUCAGCUGCAGAGCUCUAGAUGACAAUGAGACCAAAUACAUUCUCAUGUUACUGUUCUUAAUUUUUUCACUUUCACAUUUUGUUCUCCAUUAAUUUUGCAUUCCAAAAUGUGUUCUGUUCAAGAAUCUUCCUGCUGAAUCAGGAAGCUGUUUCAUUGUGAGAACAGGAUAAACUAUAAGCUCUGCGUUGUACACUUAUGAUGCAGAGCUCUAUUGUGCCUUUCCAAAACACAUUCAGUGUUGUUUCAGAAGCUCAUCACAUUUCCACUAGUUUUUAAGUACGUGAGUGUGUUCCGAGAUAAUCCGUAUAAAUAACUGUAAAUGUAAAUCUAUUUAAUUUACAAUGCACUACUUCUAAAUGAAUUAUUUAAAGUGGACAAUUUCUCACUUGUGUUCUUUGAAUUUCUGAGAGAAUUUUAAUGCUUAUCUGUCGAAAUAUUGGAAUAGUUUUUAAAUAUUAAGCGAACGCCAGUUAAUCAUGAGUGAAUCGUGGCUUGAUUGCAGCUUCUGCAAUAAAUAAAUU